CGUGUCCAUUUACCAGUCAAAUCCACUGGAGCGAGGCUGGACACAUAGAUGGAGAGAGAGAGAGGGAGGGGGAGAGAGGGAGAGAGAGGGAGAUAGAGAGGGAGAGAGAGAGAGGGAGAGAGAGACAGAAGAGAGUCAGUCCCAUCUGUUUUGAGAGGAGGAAAACAUCUCACUGUUCAUCUGGAGAAGAGAGCUCCGCAAGUUUGAAUCGUUCACGCCUGUCAUUAUGGGGGGUUUGCUUCUGCUCCUGAUGUUUCUACAUACCCCUCAAGACGUGUCGCCUCAAGAGAGUGAUCCUUGUCAUACUUACACUGAGCUGAACGACACCUGGAGGGCCAACACCAAUCUGGACUGGUCAGUGGUGAGGUGCGACCGUGACGUCCAGUGGCAGGGUUGGUACCGCAUGUUCUACCAGGGGACGAGCGUUGGCAUGCCCGAGAGCUGUGUACCCACAAAACGGUGUAGCACGAACGCACCCCUGUGGCUGAACGGUCUGCACCCUCGCCAGGAAGAAGGCAUCGUGACCAGAGAGGUGUGUGGAUCCUAUGGGGGUAACUGCUGCUAUUUAAAACCACCAUCCAUCCAGGUGAAAGCGUGUCCAGGAAACUACACUGUUUACAAACUAGUGGACCCUCUUGGCUGCAAUCUGGCAUACUGUACAGGUAAAAUGCUCUUUUCUGAUAUAGUUACUAUAGUGUUCUUGUGUCCAUGUUACAUUCACCAUUGUUUCUCCUGGGAAAAGAUUUUCACCUCUCAUAUCUAUUAUCUAAAACAUAUCUCCAUACGCCACGCAGAUGUACCAACUGCAACCAUUCCUGCUGCUGUAACUACCCCUGCUCCAACCACUCCAAAGCCCAGGACACAGUUCCAGCAGAGGUUGAGGCUGAAGAUGGCCCUCCAGAGGGAGCUCUCCCACACUGAGAUGGCCCAGUUCACCUCACAGAUCAGGGAGAAGCUGAUUCAGAUGGGCUACCCCAGUGACAUCACAGUCAAGAUGGUGUGAUGCUGACUAACCAGGAAAGGAGGAAGAAGGACCUCUGAUGGAGGGCCAACAGAAUGCCUGUUUCAUUUCACUGCCCAUGACCAUCAUUGUUCAUUAUCACAUCUAGAAUAUACCAUAUAACAUUUCU